AUGACCUCGGUCCCGUCGGUCAACGCGAGCGGCGCCUGGGACGAGAGCCGCGGCGGGGCGGAGGCCCCCCCCGCGGCCGGCAACCUCUCCUUCCCGGCCGCCGCCGCCCCCUCCAACUUCUCCAACCAGUUCGUGCAGCCGUCGUGGCGCAUCGCGCUCUGGUCGCUGGCCUACAGCGCCAUGGUGGCCGUGGCCGUCUUCGGCAACCUGAUCGUCAUCUGGAUCAUCGUGGCCCACAAGCGCAUGAGGACCGUGACCAACUCCUUCCUGGUCAACCUGGCCUUCUCCGACGCCUCGGUGGCCGCCUUCAACACCCUCGUCAACUUCACCUUCGCCCUGCACGGCGAGUGGUACUUCGGGCCGGCCUACUGCCGCUUCCAGAACUUCUUCCCCAUCACCGCCGUCUUCGCCAGCAUCUACUCCAUGACCGCCAUCGCCGUGGACAGAUAUAUGGCCAUUACUGAUCCUCUAAAGCCCAGACUCUCUGCCACUGUUACUAAAGUGGUGAUUGCAAGCAUAUGGAUUCUCGCAUUUCUACUUGCCCUUCCGCAAUGUCUCUUUUCAAAGACAGAAGUGAUGCCCAGAAGAACUCUAUGCUAUGUCGCUUGGCCAGGUGGCUUCAAACAGCGUUUCACGUACCAUGUCAUUGUGAUUGUACUGGUAUACUGCUUCCCACUGCUUGUCAUGGGGAUCACUUAUACAAUCGUUGGAAUCAGCCUUUGGGGAGGUAAGAUCCCAGGAGAUACAUCAGACAAAUACCAGGAGCAGCUGAAAGCAAAGAGGAAGGUGGUAAAAAUGAUGAUCGUUGUCGUGCUGACAUUUGCAGUCUGCUGGCUCCCCUACCACAUUUACUUUAUAGUUACUGGUAUCUAUGAGCAGUUAAACCGGUGGAAAUACAUUCAGCAAAUCUACCUAGCCACAUUUUGGCUAGCUAUGAGUUCUACCAUGUACAAUCCCAUUAUCUAUUGCUGUCUCAACAAGAGGUUCCGAGCAGGUUUCAAGAGAGCUUUCCAGUGGUGUCCUUUCAUCAAAGUGUCUAGCUAUGACGAACUAGAGCUGAAGACAACCAGGUUCCAUCCAACCAGGCAAAGCAGCUUAUACACAGUUUCCAGAAUGGACUCCAGCAUGACCGUUGUCUUCGACGCCAGUGAUGGAGAAAACACCAAAUCCAGCCGGAAGAAAAAAGCUCCUCCCCAGGAAGCCAGCUUUAAUGGCUGUUCCCGCAUGAGUUCCCAAACCACUUCCACGGUCUCAAGUUACAUCACCUCCCCGUAUACAUCUGUGGAUGAAUACUCCUGA